AUGAAGAUCACUGCUGCCAGCGCUCUCCUCCUUGCCGGCUCCGCCGCCGCCUCUCCUUUGAGCGGUCGCGUUGCCCGUCGCAAUGGAAUCACCCGCCCUAACAUGCGUAUUUCCUCCAACAAAGCCGACCAGGUCAGCAGCUCCUCCACCAGCAACAACUGGGCUGGUGCCGUCCUCGUCGACACCGGCUUCACCGCCGUCUCCGGCAAGAUCAUCGUCCCUACCCCCAAGGUUCCCGCCGACGGUGAUGACAGCACCCAGUACUGCGCUACCGCCUGGGUCGGUAUCGACGGUGACACCUGCCAGACCGCUAUCCUCCAGACCGGUGUCGACUUCUGUAUCCAGGGCUCUGACACCAGCUUCGAUGCCUGGUACGAGUGGAUCCCCGCCAACUCGGUCGACUUCUCCGGAAUCAGCUUCGGCGCCGGUGACGAGAUCGAGAUGAGCGUCGUUGCCGACUCCAAGAAGACCGGCAAGGCCACCAUCACCAACAACUCCAACGGCCAGUCCGUCACCCACUCGUUCACCACCGACGAGACCACCAGCAGCCUCUGCGAGACCAACGCCGAGUGGAUCGUUGAGGACUUCACCCUCAUCCAGGGUGGCCAGCAGUCCCUUGCCCCCUUCGCCAACUUCGGCAAGGUCACCUUCACUGAGGCCUCUGCCACCAAGGGCGGCAGCAAGGUCGAUGCCACUGGCGCCGACACCAUCACUCUCGUUGACGAGAGCGGCAACAAGCUCGCCACCCCCGAGGUUGACGGCAGCACUGUCACCGUCACCUACGCUGGCAACUAA